AUGGCUUCUCUGGGGAGCUCUCUGUCGCUAUGGCGGAGUGUUGCGCCUCGUUUGGCCAAAGACUUUUUCACAUCUCAAUCCCUUCCAAGUCAGGGCUACGCAGCCAAAUCAAUCCGCCAAUUCGGUGCCCUCCAGUUCCGUCAACCCACUAAAUCGACCCUUCUAAACAAUAAGAACCGUGAAUUCUUCACCUCCAGUCUCAAGCGGUCAAAUGCCGCACCGGCCGUUGCAGAGACGGCCGAGGGCGCCGCGAAAGGCAAAUCGAGCUUCCCCAAAAUUAGCGAGAAGGCCGUUGGCUACUGGCUUCUAGGCAGCGCGGCCAGUGUUUUUGGAAUUGUGGUCUUCGGUGGUUUGACACGGUUAACGGAAUCAGGGUAUAUUGAGCAUCACCGAAUGGCGACCUGUUACCGGCUCCCUCCCCCAAUGAAUGCGGAACAUUGGGAGGAUGAGUUUUCUAAGUACCGCGCCUCUCCCGAAUUUCAAUUGCUCAACCCGAACAUGACUCUUUCCGAGUUCAAGUCGAUCUACUAUAUGGAAUGGAUUCACCGGCUCUGGGGCCGGUUUGUCGGAAUCUCGUUUGUACUGCCUGCAGUCUACUUCGUUGCCCGAAAGAAGGUCUCCACGCCCAUGGCGUGGCGUCUCUUUGGAAUUGCUGGUCUUAUUGGUUUCCAGGGAUUCCUUGGCUGGUGGAUGGUCAAGUCUGGCUUGAAGGAUGAUCUCUUUGCUCCGGGCAGUCACCCGCGAGUGAGCCAGUACCGUCUGACUGCUCACUUGGGUGCUGCUUUCGUUUGCUACGUCGCGAUGUUGUGGAACGGUCUUGCUAUCAUGCGGUCCCACCGAUUGAUGGCCGAUCCUGCUGCUGGAAUCAACCAGCUGAAUGCGCUGCGUGACCCGAAGCUGGCCUUCUUCCGCCGCUCAGUCGCCGGCAUUGCUCUCUUGGUCUUCACAACUGUCAUCUCUGGCGGUCUCGUCGCUGGUCUUGAUGCUGGACUUAUCUACAACGAAUUCCCAUGGAUGGGCAAGGGACUCGCACCUCCAAAGGAGGAGCUGUUCGAUGCCCGCUACUCCCGCCACGAGGACCGCUCCGAUCUUUGGUGGCGCAACAUGCUCGAGAAUCCUUCUCUUGUUCAGCUUGACCACCGCGUCCUCGCAGUCACUACCUUCACCGUCAUUUGCGCUUUGAUGGCUUACACCCGCCGCUCGCCCACGAUGAAGCGCUUCCUGCCCGCACCUGCUAGAAAGGGCGUCCAUGGCGUGUUUGCGUUCGCCUGUUGCCAAGUCGGACUCGGUAUCACUACUCUUCUCUACCUUGUUCCCACUCCCCUUGCUUCCGCCCACCAGGCUGGCAGCUUGUUCCUCCUGACCUGGGUCAUGAUCUUGGGCAGCCGAGUCUGGCAUCCAUCGCGUACAGCCAAGCUGUUGCAGAUGGCCGUGAAAGCUCGGUCCCAGCAGCUCUCCAGCACUGCUGCCUCUGCUGUGAAGAGAGUCUAA